GUAGAAGACCGAGUCUGGCGGUUCGAGUGCAAACCUGUGCCCGGCAUCUCCCGCUUCGACGAGGCCUUCUGGUCGUCCUGGGUGAACGAGUACAGGCGCGUCAUGAACUACCAGUGUCCGUACAACGCCAUCGUCACCGGCUUCAGAAGCGAACACAGCGGCAACGACCGCAAGUGGAAGAUGAAGUGCUCCAAGGUGUCCGGUAUGACGACAAAAAACCACGCCCAUUCCCUCUAUGCAAAUGAGUUCGACCUACCCGGUGACUACACCGUGCCCAGCGGGUACUACCUCAGGGGCAUGCACAGUUUCCACGAUGGCGGCCGCGGGGACCGACGUUACCAGUACCAGAUCUGCUUGAUCGAGCUGCCCUAGGUUCAGACGACACCGCCUGUAAAAGUGGUGAAAAUAUGCUGCAUUCCAUGACCAGUCUGUGUCACAAUUCUUUUCAAGCUAUCAUUAUCAUUCAUUCCGUUUUUUAAAUACUUAUGUGGCGCCAUGUAACAACAAAAUUAGUAUUUUAACCUAUAUUUUUGGUGUUUAGACUGACAGACUUACAUGUAUGUAGUAACUUAGUAAGUCAGGGAUGGUAGUAUUUUCUUCCAAUAGGUAAUCACAUGUUUUGAAAUUAAGAUUUUAUAGUCCACAUAAACUGUAUUACAUAUAGCAGUAAUACUUCUAGAUCUAGCAACCAUACGAAGUCAAUUUGACACUUUGUCAGCACGAGUGGCUAAAGCGUAGAAUUAGAGUGCGGUCACAUUCGUCGUGCGAAUAGGAUCGUCGUGCAAUUAUAAUGGCAAACAUUGGGCGGAUCGUCACGCAUAUGUCAUAUAAAAUUCAGUCGUCUUGUUACUGAAAGGGUCGUCUUAGAUCAUUUUAGUGGUUAGUACACGGUCUGAAGUGUCACAGUCCGCUUAAAAAUGCGACAUCAGAAUUGUACGACAACCUUUAGGAAUCCUAUAGCGGUCCGCGUGCUGACUGUAACUUCUAACCAGAUUACUCUCACACUGGGAGGAAAUGUCACCAGAUAAAGAUAUGCUAGAACUGAAAUUUGAAUGUGAAUGUAACGCAUACCUGAAUGGUAACAGGCAAUGAAAUGUAUAUUGUUUUCAUAAAGUGCAUACUAAAGCGUGGUUUGAUAAAUAUGUCGUAAAGGCAUUAUUUUUUCGACCUUAUCAGGACUACAAGCCAGUAUUUGGAGUAAAUUAGUUGCUAGAUAUGUGUGAAACUUUUGUUAUUUUUUCAACCUUAUCAGGACACCAAGCCAGUAAAUUGUACAUUGGAGUAAAUUAGUUGCUAGAUACGUGUGAAACUUUUGUUGUUUUUUCUUGGUCAGUUUUGAAUAAAAAUUCUUUUCGUUGCAACUA